AUGUUGAAAGGCGUCACACCAGCAGCUCCGGUUCAUACAAAUAUUGAAGAUCCAGCUGCCCAAACAAAUCUGGGAUUUAUCCAUGCAUUUGUUGCUGCUAUAUCAGUUAUCAUUGUGUCUGAACUGGGGGACAAGACAUUCUUCAUAGCCGCCAUCAUGGCAAUGCGCUAUAACCGGCUGACAGUGUUGGCUGGUGCUAUGCUUGCCUUGGGCCUGAUGACGUGCUUAUCAGUGUUAUUUGGCUAUGCUACCACAGUCAUCCCCAGAGUGUAUACAUACUAUGUUUCAACUGCAUUGUUUGCCAUUUUUGGCAUUAGAAUGCUACGAGAAGGCCUAAAGAUGAGCCCUGAUGAGGGUCAAGAGGAACUAGAAGAAGUUCAAGCAGAAAUAAAGAAGAAAGAUGAAGAACUUCAACGAACUAAACUCUUAAAUGGACCAGGAGAUGUUGAAACGGGCACAAACACAACGAUACCUCAGAAAAAGUGGUUGCAUUUUAUUUCACCCAUCUUUGUUCAAGCUCUCACAUUAACAUUCUUAGCAGAAUGGGGGGAUCGCUCUCAACUGACCACAAUCGUCUUGGCAGCUAGAGAGGACCCCUACGGUGUGGCGGUGGGCGGAACAGUGGGCCACUGCUUAUGCACUGGACUGGCAGUCAUUGGCGGGAGAAUGGUAGCACAGAAGAUCUCUGUCAGAACUGUGACAAUCAUAGGAGGCAUCGUUUUUUUGGCGUUUGCAUUUUCUGCACUAUUUAUAAGUCCUGAUUCUGGUUUUUAACAAGCUAUUUGUUUAUUUGUACCAGUUGUAGAUAGGCAACUCUUGGCAUUCUGUACACUGUGCACAUUAUAACUAAAAGCGAUAGAAAAUAAUGUAUUUGGUAGCAUUGAUUUGUGAGUUUGAACCAUUUAAUGAAGAGUAUUAGGUCCAAAGGAGAUAAUCAUCGAUUGUAUUUUGCAACAUGGAUUUUAAACAAAACAAACCUGAUCUGUAAGUGUGGGUUUUCUUUCCUCCAGCAUAAUUAUGUUAAUAUAGUCUCCAUUUUUUUGGAAUGCAAACCCAUUGUGUGUUGGGGUCUACCACUUAUUUUCUUUCAGCACUGACCCCUUUAUAAAGAAUAGAAAUUUUCUUCUGGAUCACU